GUUAAACAAAGUCGCAGCUUUGACAAGAGCUUCCGGGCCUCUUCCCAACCUCCCGCCAAAGCUGCACUUUACAACCUCAGCCUCGAGGCAUCUGCCCAAUUUCUGGCGGGCACUACCGCUUUUUUCCUUUGCAUUCCGUCCCGCGCCGAUGCCCAAGAUCAAAAGCUUCGCGCCCGGCUGGCUCAACGAGCCUUCUCCCGGCCACCAGCUGUUCGAGCAGUCGGACGACGAUGCCAGGGGCCCUGCGGCUUUGGCAUACGGCAAGAAGGCCAAGCCGGGCCCGCGGCGUACCAUAGCACGGCGAGGCACCGAGGUUUUCGUUGCGAGCGGGAAGCAAAUACGCUGGGGAGAUCUCGCCUACCUCAAGGAGACGUGGGAAACAAGACAAGCACGGCCCACUGCGGGUGCUCGUAUUAAGAGAGAGAGCCCAGACACCUCCUUCGAAUAUGGCGACGGAACAGCUGAAAAUGGGAGUGUUGGUGGUGGAGGUUUGGCACAAAGCUGCCGGAUCAUCAAGACCCCCGUCGCCGAUGACAUCCGCCAGUUGGUUAUGUCGCCGAAUCAGGACCUCUUGGCGGUUUUGACAGCGCAUACCGUUCACAUCUGCAUCCUUCCCGAUUCCUCCCACUUGUACGCCAAGGACGCGACGCCGUUCAAGCCCAAAUUCUGGACUCUCGGGCCUACGACCCACGUUACCUCCCGCUCCGCGGUUGUAUCCGCAUUAUGGCAUCCGCUGGGCGUCAACGGGAGCACGCUGGUUACGAUCACCGAGGACGCCGUGGUUCGCCUUUGGGAGCUGUCUACGGCGGACCGCCGGACCUUCGAUGCGCCCACGCUUGCGGUGGACCUGAAGAGGCUCGCUGACGGCACGUCUUUGGGCCAGGACUUUAGCGCCUCCACGUCCGCCACGAACAAGGCCUUCUCUCCGGAUUCGUUUGACAUGGAGGUGGCGGCCGCAUGCUUCCCUGCUAGGGGCUCUGGAGGCUGGUCGCCAAUGACCCUGUGGGUGGCCAUGACCUCAGGCGACGUCUACGCCCUUUGCCCCCUCUUGCCCAAGCGCUGGGCACCCCCUCCGACGCUGAUCCCGGCGCUGUCCGUCGCGAUAGUGGCCAGGGUCGCAGCGAUAGAAGACGACCCCGAAGCUUCUGCUGAGGCCCGCCUUAUGGCUCAACAACAACUCGAAUGGAUGUCCGACUUGGAUAACCAAGAGCCCAAGAUCAUGGAAGGUAGCUUUGGAGAUGCCUUGCAGGAGGUCUACACGCGUCCUUCGCGGCCAGGGUUGGUGCCGAAGCUCCAAGGCCCUUUCGAUUUUGACCUGAAUCCAGAGGACGAACAAGACGAUGAAGUGGAGCUCAAGGAUAUCUACGUCAUUGGGGAGAAGGCGAAUCUGGCGGAUCUGAUGAUGGGCGAAGAGGAGGAGCUCGAGAUCGACGAGAACGACCGGGGCGGCUUGUCCUUGACGGUCGUCUGCCUCCUCUCCACCAGCGGGCAGGUCAAGAUCUGCCUCGACGUCGACGGCGUGGAGGCCCAGUGGCUCCCCCCUCAGCCCAAGCAUAAGUCGGGGCUGUUCGCCUCACCUCCCAGGACUCCUUCGUUGCUGACCUUCCAGACCUUUGACACUCUCAAGCCCAUCGAGGUCACGCCCGAAAGCUGGCCCAUGUUUAGCGAGGACGUCACUUCGCGAUACUCCUUUUACGUCACGCAUCCGGCCGGUAUCUCUUUCGUCUCCCUGGCGCCCUGGGUCUUCCGACUGGAGAGCGAACUCCAAGGAGAUUCGGAGGCUGGUGCGGAAUUUCGCCUUGAUCUCCUCGCCAAGGGACAGGGCUCAGAGCGUGAGCGGAUCUACACGCAGGCUAGGGGGCAGAACGUUCUGGCGGCCGCCACGGCCUUCAAGGAUCCGGAUCUUGGCCAUUUUGUCCUCUCAGCCACCCAUCAUGACCCAGUUGUCCUCUUCUUUGAGACGCCGGAACUGGAGAUCUCCCCUAGAGAAUCCCCAUCGGUUAUUCCCGAGCAGAGGGAGCGAUCACCACCCCCAGUCGGCUGGGAACCCCGGCCUCUUUUCCAUCCCUCGGCUGCAUUGGACAUCAAGAGCGCGGUGCCAGUCUGGAUCGAGCAUCUGAAGACGGGGAGGAGGCGGCCGUUGCUUCAGCAAGAGGUCCGACUUUCGAUGGCGACGCUCGAGGUGUUCACGGAAGGGCACAAGGUCGUCUCCAACGAGACGUCGGAAAUCAACAGCGCGGUCGCGGAGUUGUUCAGGAAGUGCGAGGCGCUCCAGAUCGAGUUGAGGCACCAGAUUGAGAAGGUAAACGAGGUCAAGGCGCGGAUCGAUACCAUUACGGGAGAGGAUUCAGCCGACGACGAGCCAGUCUCGCAAGACAUGCUCGUCCAGAAUCGGCUGCGCGAGGCUCGUCAGAAGCAGGAGGAGCUGGCGAGCAGGAUGGAGAAGCUGAAGCGGACACUAGGCAGGGCGACGAGCCGCGAGCUGAGCGACAAGGAGAGGGCAUGGGCAGAGGAAGUGAGGGCGCUAGAGAGCAGCAUCCUGGGACCCGCGGCCGCCCAAGAGUCGUCAUCGGCGGCGACAACGCCCAAGGUCAAGCAGCCUUGGAAACGAUUCGAGGAGAUUAGGUCCCUCCGGGACGCCUUGUUUUCACAGGUCGAGCAGCUGCAGAGGGCCCGGGAGGCGGCCGACGACGAUUCUCCCGCCUCGCCAGCGCUUGGCCCAAAGAUCCCGGCCGAAAUUCGCAGGGCCAAGAUGGCGCAGAUCAUUGGCUUGUUAGAUCGGGAGACAGCGCUUGUGGACGCGGUCAAAUCCCGGAUCGAGCGACUAAGCAUCGAAUAGGCGGGCGGCCUUGGGAUUGGGCCCCUCGGAUGGCAGAUUGGAGGAG